AUGAGGAAUAUGAAGGCGAUAUAUCUGGUGUUGGCGCUAUGGCUGACGCCGUGUUACAGUCAGUUUAUGGACGAAAUGCAGACGUUUGAGCCGGCGUGCCUCGGAGAUGAAGUCUACCAGUGCCUCGGCGGCGGCUGUGUACCCUUGCAGAGCUAUUGUGAUGGCAGCAUUGAUUGUGAUGAUGGCAGCGAUGAGAACUUUUGUGUGGAUCAUCACCCGGACGCCAUCCUAUGCAACCAGACGCACCAGUACCUCUGCUUGGACCAGAAGCGCUGCAUACCCAACACGUGGAUCUGCAAUAGGGAUGUCGACUGCGAGGAUGGCAGCGAUGAAGCCAAUUGUACCACGCUACCAGAGAUUGUAAACUCCACUUGUAAAGGUUUUGUAUGCGACAACAACCGUUGCAUCUCUCGUCUAUGGACUUGUGACGGUACAUACGAUUGCAGAGACAGGACCGACGAGGAUAUUGAUUCCACUUGCAGGCACGCUCUUCUUCCUCACACGGUCAAUGAUGGCGUAGAAUGUCGGGAAUUCCCCGAACUCGGUUCACGUAACUACAAAUGCCAGGACUCUUCAUUUUGUUUGGCACAAGAUCAGAUGUGCGAUGGUAUACAUGACUGUAGGGAUGGCAGUGAUGAGGGAAAAUUCUGCGAUAAAUGGCAUACGAUGUGUUCCAACUUCUCUUGCGGUGGUAACAACACAGCCUGCAGUCCGGAACGCGAGGGGCCUACGUGUAUAUGUCUGCUAUCUAAUUCCAUGAUGCAGUACAACUAUACUACGAAACGGUGUGAGGAUGUGAACGUCUGCCAGCAAGCAAGGCCCCAGUGCUCACAUUCUUGCGAGAACAAAAAUGGAUACUUCGUUUGUCAUUGCGACACGGGUUAUGUGAAAGAUGCACUGGAAUACCUCUGUUAUGCCCCUGGUCCAGAAGCUAUAGUAUUCUUCAGUACCCGCAACGAUAUUCAAUACGUGACCCUUAAAUCCAAACAGCAUGUUAAAAUUUUGGACGGAACUGAAAUUAAGCAGGCUCAUGGAGUAUCAUACGACGGCAAUUAUAUCUAUUGGGUUGAGACAGCGCAAGGCCAUCAGUCUAUAGUCAGAUCUAAUAUCAACAGCUUACAAGACUCUAAAGAGGUUUUAGUCGCUUUAGGCCUAGAAGAUCCUGGUGAUAUCGCAGUAGACUGGCUCGGUGCGAACAUAUACUUCAGCGAUGCAGAACGAGGUAUAAUCUCAGCCUGCAAGAGCGACGGCUCCAUCUGCAAGACCAUACACACGGAGACCAGGCACCCUAAAUACGUCACGCUUGAUGUGAAACGAGGGAUAAUGUACUGGGCAGAUUGGCACAAUCAAGCUAUCAUUAUGCAGGCUAGAAUGGAUGGUACAGAUGCUAAGGUCCUAGUACAUGACCUAUCAAGCUUCGCAACUGGUCUUUCUAUCGACGCUCCAAAUCAACGCCUUUAUUUCGUGGAUAAGACCAUCAAAGUUGUCAAGGUCGAUGAUGGGAAGGUGUACCCUCUAUUUAAUGAGCCGUUUCAUCAUCCUUAUUCUAUUGCUGUCUUCGAGAAUACGGUCUUUUGGAGUGACUGGGCCUCCAACAGUAUCCUAAGCGCGGACAAGCUGCACGGCAGUACUGAGAAAAGAAACCUGCUUUUGUCGCUUGAUACGCCUGUUUUCGAUAUGCACAUAUAUCACCCGGUGAUGUUGAAGCACACAUCGAACCCGUGCGAGCGCGCCGGCUGCACGCACUUGUGUCUGCUGACGUCGAACACGAGCCACGUCUGCGCUUGCCCUGAUGAUAUGGAACUAGUCGCUGGAGUUACUUGCAGACAUAUCGAAGACUACCGACCUCAAUACUUGAUAGUGGGUGGGGGAGCAUCCUUCACUCGCGUCCAGUAUAAUUUGUUAGGCAACCCGGAGAGUCACGCUACUCACUUUGAUAUCGGAAGAGUUCAGGCAAUGGCAUACGAUAAUGUUAGAGAUAUCCUAUAUGUGUACGACGGGCAACGUAAGAGCAUCAAUUUUAUUAGUAUGAAAGAAUUUCUGUUGGGCGUGACGCACUUGUUCAUUCACGAAGGACUCGAAAACGUCGUUGACAUGUCUUAUGAUUACGUAACGGACUCCCUUUAUAUCCUGGACUCGGGGCGUCGUGUUAUCGAGGUGGCCUCCUUAAAAACCAAGCAGAGGGCUCUGCUGUUCCGCUUCCGUGAUGAAGAAAUUCCAAUCAGUCUAUGUGUUAUGUCGGAUUAUGGGAGAAUGCUGGUAGCAAUAGUAGAAAGCGAACAAAGCAAUGAGAUCCACGUCGACAGCAUUGGUCUAGAUGGAGAGGACAGGAAACAUCUUUUGAUGAACAAUUUGAUGGGACCAUACGUGCGUUUGCGAUACGCACAAAACAUGGUUGGUCUAGAUGGAGAGGACAGGAAACAUCUUUUGAUGAACAAUUUAAUGGGACCAUAUGUGCGUUUGCGUUACGCACAAAACAUGGAUGUGGUCUUUGUCUCAGAUGAGGGACACGGGACAAUUGAUUUCGUACAUCCGGAAGGUACUGGUCGUGAGAAUUUCCGUGAGCUAUCAACUACAAUAGCUAGCCUCGCUGUUACCGACAAUUACGUGUUUUGGACUGAUCGACGAACUUCCCAACUCUUCUGGUCCGACGUGCACGAGAUUACACACAAGAUACGACGCAUCGAACUAUCAAUCUUCCCUAACAACACUCAAUUACACAUCCUAGCCACAACACCACAGCCAAGUAGUGACAGCCCUCUCAUAAGACAUCCGUGUGUAACCCACAACCCUUGCUCCGCUGUCUGCGUCCAGCGACCACACACCACCCCACAUCAUUCUCCCACCAACUUCACCAUGGGGUACAAGUGCCUCUGUCCCCCGGGCCUCGUCCUCCAGAGCGGUAACUGCACCAUGCUCGCAAAUUGCAAGCAAAAUGAAUUCUAUUGCCACAAAACCAAUCAAUGUUUCCUAAUGAGCCAAAAAUGUGAUGGGAAAAAGGAUUGUCUGUUCGGUGAAGAUGAAGAAGGUUGUGCUGUGAAAGACGUGGAGGCGACUGCAUGUUCAUCACAGGAAACCUUCUGCGAUGGUAAAUGCAUACAUAAGAACAUGGUCUGUAAGUCUGAAGAUACGACUACGAAUUUCCCGAUGACGCUGUCUUCGAUGGACCUUAAAACGUGGCUCUUAAUACCUUUGUUGUGUACAGACAACCAGACAUGCAGUCCAACCCAGUUCAAAUGCAAGAAGGAUCUGAUAUGUAUCGAGAGGUCGCUAGUAUGCGACGGCCAUGUUGAUUGCCCUGACGGCACAGAUGAGGACCCUGCCUCCUGCGACACACUUUCAUGCUUCGUUACUGAGUUUAUGUGUGCGACGGGAUCCUGCAUUCCGAUUUACUGGCGCUGCGACGGCAGUGAGGACUGCGUAGAUGGUUCUGAUGAAUUCGGAUGUGUGAAUAAGAGCUGCAACUUAGGUCAGUUCCAGUGUCACAGCGGGGAAUGUAUAGAACUGAACAAGCGGUGCGACAGACAGCUCGACUGCUUCGACCAUUCGGAUGAGGACAACUGUGACGUCACCGACGGCUUCGAGGCCAUAGAGGAGAAACCGCGCUGCCAGCCCUGGGAGUACACUUGCGAGCACAAUGAUAGCAUUUGCUUACCGCCUACUGUUAGAUGUAACGCCAAAGUUGAGUGUCCUGGUGGUACUGAUGAAGCUGGUUGCGAUUUCCGCUGCGCCCCUCACGGGCUGUUCGAGUGCAAGCAGGAGAUGACCUGCGUCUCUAAGAAACAGCUGUGCGACGGCAAGAACGACUGCAUGGAUGGCUCCGAUGAGACACUUGAAGCUUGCAGAAAGGUUAAUGCGACUUUACCUCGUGCUAUCACCAAGUACCCAGCAACGCAGUGUCGUAACGGCUUCCUGUGCAACAACGGACAAUGUAUAGAGUUAUCGGAGUUAUGCGACGGCACGCCCAACUGCUUUGAUGGCAGCGAUGAGAAUGGACAGUGUAGUAAGUCGGACAGCCGGUCAUGCAAGGCGGUGCGCGGCGGCGUGUCCGUGCUAUACGUGUCCGGCAACACGGUGCGCGCCGUCUUCCCCGACUACAAGCAGCGGCUGGAAUACCAUGAUGCCAAUCUAGCAUCUAUCAAUGAUCUAGACUUUAAUGUUAGGAAGAACUUGCUGUACGUAGCAUCAGCCGCAUCUGGGAAACUUAUAGAAGUGAACGCGACAAGGGAUGAUGUCUCCGUCACUAACGUCGGUAGACCCACAAAGGUGGGUGUGGACUGGAUAACUGGCAACGUGUACUUCGUGGACAGCACACCAGCCGCGAGCUGCUUCCGCGUCUGCAGCAUGCGGAAGAAGAGAUGCGCCAAGCUGCAGAAGUUGCCCACUGAUGCUCAGGUGACAGCAUUAUCAAUAGACCCAGCCGCUCGCCGCAUGUUCUACUGCAUCAACCGCGAACUGGAGUCAGUUGUGAGGUCUGCUUCAUUGAACGGCCGACGGCUGGCAGAUGUCGCCACUGUCAGGAACUGCACCGGAGUCGCCGUAGACUCCUUCACAAGGAUGCUAUAUGUCGCGGAAACAGGACCUUCUCAUAUACUGCGAAUGGAUUAUGAAGGGAACAAUAUGAAAACAGUACUUUCCAACGACCGUAGCCUCCAAGCACCUCACGGUCUCGCUAUAUUCGAAGAUUCAAUAUUCUUUCUUGGCGCAAACUCGUUUAAAUUAAACCGUUGUCUAUUGCACGGCGUGAAAACGUGUGAGCCUUACCUUUAUUUGCUGUUUGACGCUAACACAUUCGUGAUACGUCACGAGAGCGUGCAACGUGAUGACGUGACGGACGAAUGCGAGCGAGUGACGUGCGCGGGCGUGUGCACGCUGGACGACGCGGGGCCGGCGUGCGUGUGCGACAGUGGCGCCCUCAGUACUGACGGUACUUGCCCGCUGGUUAAACAAGCACAGUUACCAUUAUUCAACGGCUGGCUGCAACAAGACUAUGUACGUCACGCGUACUCGUACACGCUGGUUGCGAUUGUACUAACGCUUUUCGGCGCUUACAUCUGUCUAUUUAUUUACUAUCACUUUGUCAGGAAGCCAACUAAGAAUCGAGCUGGGGAAUACAUGCAAGUACGUUAUCAAAAUAAUGGUUCGGAAACCAUGCCCAAUCUUGGUUUGGACAAUCCCGUUUUCAGUAUAGCACCUAAUUUCGGAAACAUAGCAAACGAAUUUGUUAACCCAUUGCAGUUUGUGAGAGACGCUUGGAGGCAGUCCUUGCCGAGAACCAACCGGCCGAUUGGCACUGCAGGCAUCAGAUUUGAUUCUCCGCAGAUGAGACAGGACUCUGACACUGAAUCAGAUAUGGAUUUAAGAGAAACAAGAAGAAUUUUUAGGAAUUAAUAUAAUAAUUGUUUUUUAAUUUGUAUUUGAGUAAUCUGCAGGCAGAUUUACAAAUUGUGUAAAUAUAUCUAAGAUUGUUUUAUAAAUAAAU